UUUCUUUCUCCACAAGACAACCAAAAAAAAUUAAGGUUUCUAGAAACUCUUUCUCUCUCUCUCUCUCCAAUUUUUCUUGGGAAACAAGUUGCAAAAAAUAUUCUUAAUUAAUUUCUGGAUUUCGUUCUUUUCUAUGAUGAUGCUGAGGCAGGGUGGUAUGAGUACAACAAUGUUGUUGGCAAAGAAGGGUUUAGUUGGGGAAGUUGGUGUCCCAAACAAAUGGGGUUGUUUGGUUAGAGCACCUUUUGUGAGGAAUGAAAGCACUUUUGCUUCUAAUUUGCCUGAAAAGCAGAAUGGAAGCACUUCUUCUCCUAAAAGUGGUGGGAACAAAGAUGAAAAGAGAGUUGUGAGUUAUUGGGGUAUUCAACCUUCUAAGAUUGUCAAACAAGAUGGCACUGAAUGGAAGUGGAAUUGCUUCAAGCCAUGGGAAACAUACAAAGCGGACGUUACGAUUGAUCUGAAUAAACAUCACGCACCGACAACGUUUUUGGACAAAAUGGCUUAUUGGACUGUUAAGAGUCUUAGGUUCCCAACCGAUCUCUUUUUCCAGAAAAGGUAUGGAUGCCGAGCAAUGAUGCUUGAGACAGUAGCAGCUGUCCCUGGCAUGGUAGGAGGAAUGCUACUUCACUGCAAAUCAUUGCGCCGAUUCGAGCACAGCGGCGGAUGGAUCAAAGCAUUGCUAGAAGAAGCAGAGAACGAACGCAUGCACUUAAUGACUUUCAUGGAAGUAGCAAAACCAAAGUGGUAUGAGCGUGCUCUUGUCAUAACUGUCCAAGGUGUUUUCUUCAAUGCUUAUUUCUUGGGCUAUUUGAUCUCUCCUAAAUUUGCACAUCGCAUGGUUGGUUACCUUGAGGAAGAAGCUAUUUACUCCUACACUGAGUUCCUCAAGGAGCUUGACAAGGGUAAGAUUGAAAAUGUCCCUGCUCCAGCCAUUGCUAUUGACUAUUGGCAGCUUCCACAAAACUCUACUUUAAGGGAUGUUGUCAUGGUUAUUAGAGCUGAUGAAGCGCAUCAUCGUGAUGUCAACCACUUUGCAUCGGAUAUACAUUACCAAGGACGAGAGUUAAGAGAGGCUGCUGCUCCAAUUGGUUAUCACUAGAGUCCAAUUUGUUGGCCUACUUUGGUGGUGAAAAGUCAAAGUUUAAGACUCAAAUUCUUAAGUCAAUUUGGCUAUAAAAGAAAUAAAGUUGUUGGGGACUAUUAAUAGUAUUAGUUGUUUUAUGGUUUAUCUAAUGAUGCCCUGCCAAUGUAAAAAAACAGGGUGGAAUAUUUAUUUGUUCCAAGUCAUGAGAGUGUUUGUGAUUCUACUGCACAUUCUUGAGGGUGCAACUGGAGUUGUAUGAUACUUUAGAGUGCUCCGUGAUGAAUUUUGCUUAAUGAUUCCUUGACGUAUUGUUCUACUUGAUGAAAACGUCUAUUACUUUCAUUGUACAUCAUUACUAUUAAAGAUGUGUUGCUAGUUGCUACUAUUAUUUUUUUAGAGGAAUUGGAUUUCACCUUUAUGGAGA